AUGAACCCGGCAUUCUUUGUGGCAUGCUGCAACUUCCUGCUUAAGCAUGGAUUGAAUGCCGAGGGGGUGUUCCGUGUCCCUGGUAACGGAAGACGUGUAAAGAUACUCCAGAACAUCUGUGCUACACAAGACUUUGGCACACCCACCAUCAGCUCAGAGGAGUACAGCGUCAACGAUGUGGCCACAGCCCUUAA